AUGUACGGUUUGCCUUUACUGCUUGGCUUCUGCCUUUGUACCAUUCUCUUGCCCACGAACACAACGGCAGUAUCACUGAAGCUAAUACCGAUCAUAACGAAGGCAACCGUUCAAGGCCACGAUAAUUAUGCGCGAACAAAUGUAACCAUUCUUCGUUAUGGCUCGAUACAAAACUACACCAUAGAUCUUGCCAUAGAGGUUCUCACCAAGCUCGACAACCUGAAGAUGAACAUCGGCUACUUCAUUCGAAUGCGCAACUCGGAGAACUGGAUCUACAACAAAACGUUCAACUUUUGCGCCUUUCUGAGCAGGCCCAGCAUCGAUCGAUUCGGUUCAAUGGUGUAUUACGAGAUGAGACGUCACGGGAAAAUACCGCCCAAAUGCCCGUUGUUCCCGGAGUUUCUUUUAUUCAAAAACUUAACGUUUAAUCAAUUGAAGAUUCCCUCGUUUUUGCCAGAGACUAGCUUCGGGCUUAAGGUGAGCUGUUACCUAGCACAAACCAAUGAGUUCGUCUUCCAAUCCAACUGGUACGGCAGGCUGCGGAAAAUAAUGAUGUAA